AUGAUGCACAGUGUGAUUCGUCGUUCACCAAGUAUAAUAUCAUCAACAGUGGCUGAUCCAUCAAAAGUAACUGUGCGUAUUGAAAGCGCAUCAGCAAGUGAUUUAAAUGUUCAAGAUGUUGUUACAACAUCAUCAUCAUCUGAUGAUGAUGAUUUACAACAACAACAAAGACAACAAAAUAAUAAUGAUCGUUUUAAUUAUCGUAUUUCAUCUGCAAAUAAUCGUCGACAUACACCAUCAAUAGGAAUUAAUAAUAAUAAUAAUAAUUCUUCUUCUAAACGACAACGUCCUAGCCGUUUAACAACUGAUGUAACAAGUUCGACACGUAUAUCACAAAAUCGACCAAUAACUGCUGUUUCAUUACCAGCUAAACCAUCAGCAUAUGACAAUGAAUGGGAUCUUGAUUCUGCACGUGUAUUAGUAUCAUCUGUUCAACGACGAAAUCCUUCAUGUCCAUUAAUAUCACCAACAAAUGUACGUGCACCACCUUCAUCACAAUCUAUAUUUACACAUCAACUUGUUCCAACUGUAUUUACAACUACUUCCGAAUGUCUCGGUAAAGAUUUACGUCCACAACCACGUCGUGAUAUACCAAGACGUGCACAAUCAUUAGCUAAAUCAGCAACAAUUGAUAAUAAUUCAAUAUCAUCAACAACAUCAAUUGUUUUUCUUACACAUGAUAUAUUAUUAGGUUCCAUACGUGCAUUACAAAAUGAAAGACAAUUAUGUAAAUUAUCUAUUGAUUAUCUUAUUGAUGCAACUAAUAUGAGACCUGAUGAAUUAGCACGUAAAGCAAAUGUUGGUGCUCGUCUUCAAUGUCAUUGUGGUCAUACACAUUCACGUUGUACAUUAACACUUGAAUUUGAUCAAUUAUUUCUCCCAACAACAUCAUCAUCAUCAUCAUCAUCAUUGACAACAAUAACAACAACAACAAUAGAUUAUAAUAAUUUAAAUAAUAAUAAAAUACGUGAAUUAACUCGUUUACAAUUAAGUCAACUAUUUUCAGCUGUUAAUGGUUUUAUAUAUAAAUCUCAACAAGAAGGUAAACGUAUACUUAUAUAUGGUUUUGAAUUAACACCUAAUUCACCAUUAGCUGUUAUUGCUAUACAAUAUUUAAUGUUAAAUGAUGAACAAUUAUCAUUAAAUGAAGCAACAAAUCGUAUACAUCGUUUAUUUCCUAUUAUACCAAUACAACAUCAAGAAUAUCCAAUAAUGGAAAAACGUUUUCAAGAUUAUUUAAAACAAUUAGAUAGAAAAAAAUUUUCAAAAAAUUUUAAUAUUAAUAAUAUUAUGAAUGAAUACAGUACAAAUAAUGGAAAUGAAAAUCGACAAAUAUCACAUGAUUUUUCAUCAAAUUCAUCUGAAACAACAACAAAUAAUACACCAGUGACAUCAUGGACAACAAUUCCAAUGUCUUUUGCUAAUGAUACAACAAAUUCAUCUCAUCAUGUAUUUUCUGCACGUUCAGCAUGGGACAGUUAA